AUGUCGACUUCCAGUUCACAACCGCCCAGCCCUCCCACGACAGCAUGCAUCGGUCUAUCCGCUACAAUCGUCAUUGUAUUCGUUUCCUUGUUAUUCCCAGCGGUAUAUGUGGCGUAUAAACACCGAGAGAUUGGCAAGUCGUGGCUUUCACCACUCAUGUUCUUUUUUGUCUUUCGGAUUAGUGCGGAGAUUUAUUACCUAUCACGGCUUAACGAACCUGACACUCCCACCACAUAUGCCAUGGUGGCCGCCGGUGCCAGCACUGGUACUUUAUCAGCGGCCAUUAUGGGCUUGAUCUACGAAGCUUUGAAACUUCCCCUGUUCCCAUAUAAACGCCAACGGAACCGGAUACUCAUGGUCGCGAUGAAUAUAAUAUAUGCCAUCGGCACGAUCUUAGCGGCAUACGGCGGAACGAGAAAUACAUCGAUGCCGGAAAAUGUAAACAACGAUGCUAUGGACAAGACGGGGAACAUAAUCAUGUUUCUUGUGAUGAUUGGCACUCUGAUCUGGCUAUACCCUGCCGGCAAACACAUCUACUAUGCGCGACAAGAUAUAAGCUAUCGGUCUGCUGAGGUGAUGAUGAUGGCUGCUGCGCCUGCCACAGUCCUUCAGUUGAUCCGCAUGAACUACGACCUUAUUUACUCAUUUACGCACAUCGCCAUCUUGCAUCCUACCACGGGCUGUUUUGCCAUCAGAUUCGUCACUUUUUCCCUGCAGCUGGCAAUUGUGGGAAUGAUAAUAGUCGCCGCUUGGUUCACUAGAGAUGCAGCGAAGAUGCGCGCCAGGCUUGUCAAAACAGAUAGCAACACUCAGUUGGUUUGA